AUGAGGUUCGUCAAGGGGUUUGCUACCAUGGCGCAGCCUAUGACGAAGUUGACUGGGAAGGAUGUCCCGUUUGUAUGGUCAGCUGAGUGUGAGGAGAGCUUCAGUCAGCUCAAGGAGAUGUUGACUACUACACCAGUGUUGGCGUUACCCGAGCCACAGAAGCCUUACAUGGUGUAUACAGAUGCUUCAGGCAUUGGUUUGGGUUGUGUGCUGAUGCAGGAGGGCAGAGUGAUAGCAUAUGCUUCGAGACAGUGGCAAGGCAGUGAGCGUAACCGUCCUACACAUGACUUAGAGUUGGGAGCAGUGAUCUUCGCGCUGAAGAUUUGGAGGUCUUACUUGCUGGACGCGCUGGUUGAGUUCUUGGCGGACUAUCAUGUGAACAUUAACUACCAUCCGGGCAAGGCUAACCUAGUGGCGGACGCGUUGAGUAGACGGAGGUAUGAUUCUGCAGUUGAGCGAGAUGUGGAGUCUCUAGUUGGUGAGAUCAGUACCUUGCGUCUGUGUGCCAUUUCGCAGGAGCCUUUGGGUUUAGAGGCAGUGGGUCAGGCGGACCUACUUAGCAGGAUCAGAGUUGCUCAGGAUAGUGAUCAGAGUUUGCUGGAUGCGACUAGAGUGACUGGUUCGGAGUAG